AUGACUUUUGCUCGCUCCAUCACUCGUGCGGCCUUGAAGGCUAGCCCUCUCAGCCGGGCUUCCCGGACUUUCUCCAGCUCAUCGAGCGCCCAGAGCAAGGUUCUUAUGGUCCUCUACGAGGGCAAGGAACACGCCAAGCAACAACCUCGUCUUCUCGGUACCGUUGAGAAUGAGCUCGGCAUCCGCAAGUGGCUCGAAGACCAGGGCCACACCCUGGUGACCACCUCCGACAAGGAAGGCCCCAACUCCACGUUUGAGAAGGAGCUUGUCGAUGCCGAAGUUAUCAUUACCACUCCCUUCCACCCCGGUUAUCUCACUGCCGAGCGCCUUGCCAAGGCCAAGAACUUGAAGCUUGCCGUUACCGCCGGUAUUGGCUCCGACCACGUCGAUCUGAAUGCCGCCAACAAGACCAACGGUGGUAUCACUGUGGCUGAGGUUACCGGCUCCAACGUCGUAUCUGUCGCCGAGCAUGUUCUGAUGACUAUCCUGACCCUGGUUCGCAACUUCGUCCCCGCCCAUGACCAGAUCCGCAAUGGCGAGUGGGAUGUUGCUGCUGUUGCCAAGAACGAAUUCGACUUGGAGAACAAGGUGGUGGGAACCGUCGGUGUUGGCCGUAUUGGCGAGCGUGUCCUUCGCCGUUUGAAGCCCUUCGACUGCAAGGAGCUUCUCUACUACGACUACCAGGGACUGAGCGCUGAGACCGAGAAGGAAAUCGGCUGCCGCCGUGUUGAGGACCUUGCCGACAUGGUUUCCCAGUGUGACAUUGUCACUAUUAACUGCCCCCUCCACGAAAGCACCAAGGGUCUCUUCAACAAGGAGCUCAUUGCUAAGAUGAAGCCUGGCUCUUGGCUCGUGAACACCGCUCGUGGCGCCAUUGUUGUCAAGGAAGAUGUCGCCGAGGCCCUCAAGUCUGGCCACCUCCGUGGAUAUGGUGGAGAUGUCUGGUUCCCUCAGCCAGCUCCCAAGGACCACCCUCUCCGCUACGCUGAGCACCCAUGGGGUGGCGGUAACGCCAUGGUCCCUCACAUGUCUGGUACUUCCAUCGAUGCUCAGGUCCGCUAUGCCGAGGGUACGAAGAGCAUUUUGGACAGCUAUUUCUCCGGCCGUGAGGACUACCGCCCUCAGGACCUGAUCGUCCACAAGGGUCAAUACGCCACCAAGGCCUAUGGUCAGCGCAAGUAA